GAAUCCCAGCCGUGGCUCUUUUCUACAUGGAUUUUGCACGUUCUCCGUGUGCAUGUGUGGGUUAUCGGGCUCCUCUGGCUGUUAGACUAAUUGGUCUCUCUUAAUAAUUGCCUUUAGAUAAGAGUGUGUGUUAGUCCUGUUGUCCUGUAAUGGACUGGCGGACCUCCAGGGUGUACCCCGUCUCUGGCCCAGUGACCGCCGGAGAUAGGCACCAGCUCCAGGCGACCCUCCACGGAUAAACGGGUAUGGACGGAUCAAUGGGUGUACUCCGUUAGGCAAACACGCAAAACUCGCCCUCCUGUUUGGGGAUUAUGGUAUAGGCUUCAGGAUUACUUAAUCCGUGACGCAGCAGAAUUAGAGGACAGUCGGCAGUCUGCGAGGCAAGCGACCCGAUGAGAACUCUUGCAAGCAUGCUGCGUUUGCCUGUUGUGAAUCGCAGUCUUUUCCCAGCAGCUAUCGUUAAGGGAGGCACGGCUGCUGCUCACAAUGCUCGCGCAGCGUCGACCGCUGCAGCCGCGGCUGCCAGUAACCGGCUGGAGGUGUUUGUGGACGGGAAGCCCAUCAUGGUGGAGCCAGGAACCACCGUGUUGCAGGCAUGCGAGAAGGCAGGGAUGCAGAUUCCCCGCUUCUGCUACCACGAGCGCUUGUCAGUUGCUGGAAACUGUCGGAUGUGUCUUGUGGAGAUAGAGAAAGUUCCCAAGCCAGUGGCAGCCUGUGCCAUGCCGGUCAUGAAAGGCUGGAACAUCCUAACCAACUCUGACAAAACAAGGAAGGCCAGAGAGGGUGUUAUGGAGUUCCUGCUGGCUAACCACCCUCUGGAUUGUCCAAUCUGUGACCAAGGAGGUGAAUGUGAUCUCCAGGACCAGUCCAUGCAGUUUGGCAGCGACCGGAGCCGCUUCAUGGAGGGCAAAAGGGCCGUGGAAGAUAAAAACAUUGGUCCCCUUAUAAAAACCAUCAUGACCCGCUGUAUCCAGUGCACUCGCUGUGUGCGCUUUGCCAGUGAGAUCGCAGGUGUGGAGGAUCUUGGCACCACGGGCAGAGGCAACGACCUGCAGAUCGGCACUUACGUGGAGAAGAUGUUCAUGUCGGAGUUAUCUGGCAACGUAAUUGACAUUUGUCCAGUGGGGGCCCUGACAUCCAAACCUUACGCUUUCACCGCCCGUCCUUGGGAGACCAGGAAGACCGAAUCCAUUGACGUUCUGGAUGCUGUGGGGAGUAACAUAGUGGUGAGCACCCGCGGCGGGGAAGUGAUGAGAAUUUUACCCCGUCUUCACGAGGAUAUAAACGAGGAAUGGAUCUCUGACAAAACCAGGUUUGCGUAUGAUGGCCUGAAGAGACAGAGGCUGACUCAGCCGAUGGUGAAAAACCAGUCUGGGGACUUGGUCGCUACAUCGUGGGAGGACGCGCUGACCCGAGUGGCUGGAGCGUUGCAAAGCGUGGAAGGAAGCGAGGUUGCCGCUGUUGUCGGAGGUCUGGCGGACGCAGAGGCUCUGGUUUCCCUGAAAGACUUGCUGAACCGUUUGAAUAGCGAUAACCUCUGCACCGAGGAGGUAUUUCCCAUGGCUGGAUCUGGGUCUGAUCUGCGUUCAAACUAUCUGCUCAACACCAGCAUUGCUCGCCUCGAAGAAGCUGAUGUGCUCCUGCUGGUGGGCACGAACCCUCGCUAUGAGGCUCCUCUCUUUAACGCACGCAUCAGAAAAAGCUGGCUGCACAAUGAGCUGCACGUAGCUCUGGUGGGCAAGAAAGUGGACCUAAGUUACACAUACGAUCAUCUCGGGGAGUCUGCCAAGAUCCUGAAGGAAAUAGCUUCAGGAGCUCACCCGUUCGCCCAGGUUUUGGCUCAAGCCAAGCACCCUGUUGUUGUAGCCGGCAGCAGCUGCCUGCAGGGAGCGGACGGGGCGGCGAUAAUGGCUGCUGUGUCGGCGAUUGCUCAGAAUGCUCGUGUCAGCAGUGGCCUGCAGGAAACCUGGAAGAUACUCAACGUGCUUCAUAGGGUUGCCAGUCAAGUGGCAGCACUCGAUCUUGGGUACAGGCCAGGUGUUGAGACCAUCAGGAAGAACCCGCCUAAAGUGUUGUUCUUACUCGGGGCCGAUGCCGGCUGUAUCACUCGCCAAGACCUCGCAAAGGGCAGCCUGAUAAUUUACCAAGGCCACCAUGGUGAUGUAGGUGCCCCAACGGCCGAUAUCAUACUCCCUGGAGCUGCGUAUACAGAAAAAUCUGCCACGUAUGUGAACACCGAGGGACGUGCCCAGCAGACCAAAGUGGCUGUGACUCCUCCAGGCAUGGCCAGGGAGGACUGGAGGAUCAUCAGAGCCAUAUCAGAGCUGGCUGGGGUGACUCUGCCGUAUGACAGUCUUGAUGAAGUGCGUAACAGACUGGCCGAGGUUUCCCCCAAUCUGGUUCGAUACGAUGAAAUCGAGGAGGCCAACUAUUUUAAGCAGGCUAAUGAGCUCUCCAAGGCAGUGAACCAGGCUGUCCUCACGGAACCUUUAGUUCCUCCACAGCUCACCGUGAAGGACUUUUACAUGACAGAUCCCAUAAGCAGAGCGUCCCAGACCAUGGCAAAGUGCAUGAAGGCUGUCACAGAGGGAGCACAAGCCGUGGAGGAGCCAGCCAUUUGCUAAAGCACAACGCAUAGCCGUCAAAAGACACGCACAACUUCUACAUUUGCACUUUCCUACAUGCAUACUUUAUUGCACAUCACCGUAGAUCGUCUGUAACAGGAUGCCAUUGUUUAAACUCUUGCGUGCAUGUUGAAUAUUACCAGCUCUUAUCUGAUAGAUAUCCUGAGAUGCACUUUAAACAACUUUUCGCGCUAUUUUGAUUUUUUAGUAAUAUGACCAAACAAUUAUGAAAUUGUAAUCCUCAGGUGGUAUAUUAAAUUUUCCUGAAAAGUUGUCAUUAUAAAUCCUAGAGUAUAUUUUCUAUAAGGUAAACAGGGUGAUGUGUGUAUUUUAUUUAUUUUUUUAGUAAAGUGGUCUACAUGAAUAAAUAUAAUUUUGUAGCAAGUGGAAUAAAUAUUUUCAAGCCUAUUAAAGUUUUGCAGUCUUCG